CCCGCCCCGCGCUGCGCGGCGCGGGGAGGCGGGGGCCCGGCGAGGCUGCGCCCACGGAGAACGCCGGCGCCCAGCCACUAGCGCAGACCAUGGCCCGCUGACUCCAGCGGGAGCGCCGCGCCCGACGGGAUGAUGCGCUGGAGGGGCCCCUGGCCGUGGCGCGCGCGGCUGCUGACGACCCCCGGAACCCAAGGCCAAACGCAUUCGCGGCCGCCGAUGCCCCAGGUUUUGCGUGUGAAACUGUAUGGACAUCUGAAAUACUUUCAGUCAAAUUUUUAUAGUACAGUGGUGCCACCUGAUGAAAUCACAGUUAAUUACAGGCAUGGUCUUCCCUUGAUUACACUUACUUUGCCAUCCAGAAAAGAGCGCUGUCAAUUUGUAGUCAAACCAUUGUUAUCAACGGUUGGUUCCUUCCUUCAGGACCUGCAAAAUGAAGAUAAAGGUAUCAAAACUGCUGCCAUAGUCACACCAGAUGGCAGUGAAGUGGCAGCUUCAACCUUAAUGGAAACUUUGCUAAUGAAUGAUUUUAAACUUGUUAUUAAUGAAAUAACAUAUGAGGUACAGUGCUCCAAGGAAGAAAAACCGAGUAGCAAGCACGCCACUGAGAUGGAAAACAUGAAAUCCUUGGUUCACAGACUGUUCACCACCUUGCAUUCAGGCGAGUUUCAGAAACAGAGAGAGCGCCAUCUACUGGAGAAAAUUAACCACCUGAAGGGACAGCUGCAGCCCCUUGAACAGAUGAAGGCUAAAAUCGAAGCGCGCUCAGAAGCCAAAUCCAGUGGACUCCUGUGGGCUGGAUUGGCACUGCUGUCCAUUCAGGGCGGGGCACUGGCCUGGCUCACUUGGUGGGUGUACUCCUGGGAUAUCAUGGAACCAGUUACGUACUUCAUCACCUUUGCAAAUUCCAUGGUCUUUUUUGCAUACUUUAUAGUCACUCGACAGGAUUAUACUUACUCAGCUGUUAAGAGCCGGCAGUUUCUUCACUUCUUCCACAAGAGAUCAAAGCAGCAGCAUUUUGAUGUGGCGCAGUACAACAAGCUCAAAGAAGAUCUUGCUAAGGCUACCGAUGCCCUGAGACGUGUGCGCCACUCUCUCUACCUGCAGAUGCCGGUGGAGGAACUCAAUGAAAAGAAGUAAUCUUAAAUUUUUAAAUGUCAGUGAAUUUUUCCAUUAUGUGUUCAUUUUGCAACUUAGCAACUGGAACUUUUUUAGUCCCGUAGUAUACUUUAAUUUGACUGUUUCAAUCUCUUUUGUUAAUAAAAAAAAAAAAUGCUUACAAAACACA